CAAGGUAGCAUUUGGAUCGGGAAUGGAGGCUUCCUGUAAUCCCUGCUCUGUUCAUGGGAGGCUGAGGCAGGAGGAUCCUGGCCUACUGCCCUGGAGUAGCCCUGGUACUCGGGCUAGAAGGGGCCCUGUGUGCUCCCUGGGUGGUGAUGCCCCCGUUCCUGGGUCAGGGGUCCCAGGCUGUGGUCCUUUUUCUGGGUGGAGAAGUGUGUUUGUUGUGCAGCUGCUGACAGAGAUGAGGAGCACGUGCGUGUCCUGGUGCACAUGGGGAACAGCGUGGGCCCUGGCACGUGAAAGCCCAACACAGGCAGCUGUCGGGGGUGGGGGCGGCUGCAGCAGGCCUGGUAAGCAGCCACCCUGGCCAGCUGCCCUGGCCACGCCCUCCCUCUGCCACCCUUGAGUGUGAAGUGACCAGGGUGAAACCGCGUCAGACGGGUUAGGUGACCUUGAAGGUCCCCACUGGCUGUGCCCAAACCCCGUCCCACGUCCCUCUGGCCACAAUCUGCCUUUGUGUCUUGCAGUGCAGGAAGCUUGGAACCCUUGGAACCGGUUGAGCACCUGCAGGGGCCAGACCACAGUUUGGCGACUGGCACUUUCUCUGUGGUCUCCCUGCCUGCUCUUUGUCCGUGUUUGGGUGUUCUGUCUUUUUCUCAUUUUGUUUGUGCAGUUCUGGGGAUCAAACCCAGGGCCUUUGCACCAAGAAUUCCCCAGACUGUACUGGAACCUGUGAUCCUCCUGCCUCAGCAUCCCAGAGUGCUGGGAGUACAGAUGUGUGCACUUCUGCACCUGGCUGGGUGGUUUGUUUCUGUUUCUUUAAAAUUUGCUGAAUGAUGCCAGAUUCCUGAAUGAUUGUUUGAACUUCUGUUUGGAAUAAGGCGAAGGAAAAACAAACUAUGUGGAGAAGCAAAGGCAGGGGAGGCGGGGAGGCAGGCGUGCACGCCCUUCGCUGCCGCCCCAGGCUGCUGCUGGGGAAGCCUGGGCAGCCAGCCGAGUCCCGGGAAGCACACAGCCUGCGGCUUCCUGGUCUGGCCGUGCGGAUCUGCAGGCCCUGGCCCAGGGUGCUGUGGUCUCCGCCCGCUCAGCCGCUCUCCUGGCUGUGUCCCCCAGCCUGCGUCGCUGGGCAGUUCAAGCGCCCACCUGCCCUGUCCUCUCCCUCCGGAGGGGACGUGCGCUCUGCUCCGUGCUGUUGGUGGCAGGAGGAGGAGGAGGAGGAGGAGGAGGAGCUACCUGGAGUAGCAGCAGCCGCGUGACCCCAGCUGUUUCCGCGUCACCAGCUCCUGUCUGCAGUGAAAAGCCUGCGCAGCCCACGGCCCUGAGCCCCACCAUGGCGGAUGGCCACCAGCUGGACCUCACCUACAUCACAGAGCGCAUCAUUGCGCUGUCCUUCCCUGCCGGCUGCUCUGAGGAGUCCUACCUGCACAGCCUACAAGAGGUCACGUGCAUGCUCAAGUCCAAGCACGGGGACAACUACCUGGUGUUAAACCUUUCUGAGAAGAGGUUUGACCUCGCGAAGCUCAACGCAAAGAUCAUGGACGUGGGCUGGCCCGAGCUGCACGCGCCACCCCUGGACAAGAUGUGCACCAUCUGCAAGGCGCAGGAGUCCUGGCUGAACAGCGACCCGCAGCACGUGGUCGUCAUCCAUUGCAGGGGCGGGAAAGGACGCAUCGGUGUGGUCAUCUCGUCCUACAUGCACUUCACCAACGUCUCGGCCAGUGCUGACCAGGCUCUGGACAGGUUUGCCAUGAAGAAGUUUUACGAUGACAAAGUCUCGGCAUUGAUGCAGCCUUCCCAGAAGCGGUACGUACAGUUCCUUAGCGGGCUGCUGCGGGGCUCCGUGAAGAUGAACGGUGCACCCCUCUUCCUGCACCAUGUUGUGCUGCACGGCAUCCCAAACUUUGACACUGGUGGAGCUUGCCGGCCCUUCCUGAAGCUCUACCAGGCCAUGCAGCCCGUGUACACGUCAGGGAUCUACAACAUUGGCCCCGACAGCCCGAACAGGAUCUGCAUUGCCAUAGAGCCAGCCCAGCUGCUGAAGGGGGAUAUCAUGGUGAAAUGCUACCACAAGAAGUACCGCUCCGCCACCCGCGAUGCUGUGUUCCGCCUGCAGUUCCACACGGGCUCUGUGCAGGGCUACACGCUGGUGCUGGGGAAGGAGGAGCUGGAUGGCGCCUGCAGCGAUGACCGAUUCCCUGACUCUGGGAAGGUGGAGCUGGUGUUCUCGGCCACGCCAGAGAAGAUCCCAGGCUCCGAGCACCUGCACAAUGACCACAGUGUUAUUGUGGACUUCAACACCUCAGAUCCACUCAUCCGCUGGGACUCCUACGAGAACCUGGGCUCGGACGGCGAAGUGCUGCACACGCAAGGGCCGGUAGACGGCAGCCUCUACGCCAAGGUGAGGAAGAAGAGCUCGUCCGACCCCUGCAGUCCCCAGUCUCUGCCGGCCACUGGCAGCCCGGACCACAGUGACCACACCCUGUCAGUCAGCAGUGACUCGGGCCACUCCACCGCCUCGGCCAGGACAGAUAAGACAGAGGAGCGGCUGGCCGCGGGGCAUCCCAGGGGCUUGAGCCCACAGGAGAAGGCGGAGUUGGACCAGCUGCUCAGUGGCUUUGGCCUGGAGGACACAGGCAGUGGCUUCAAGGACAUGGCAGACGCACACAGCAAGUUCGGGGGCACGCGCCACGUGGUGCCUGUGCAGGUCCACGUUAACGGGGACGCAGCCCCCAAGGACCGCGAGACAGACAUCCUAGACGAUGAGGUGCCACCCCCGGACCUGCACAGCAUGGGCAGCCUGGGCACGCUGUCCUCGUCGGAGGGGCCGCCGUCAGCGCCCAUGGGCCCCUUCACCUGCCGCCAGAGCAGCCAGCACUCCCUGCUGUCCGACGGCUUCGGCUGCCCCUCAGAGGAUGUGCCCAACCUGGGCCUCUAUGAGCGGGAGCAGACGUUCGGCGGUGGCCGGGAGGCCAGGCAGCCACAGCCGGGCCUGAGGACGCCGUCGGCGCCUGUGCCCACACCAGCCUAUGGGCAGAGUGGCUACCCGACCCAGAACUGGGUGCGCCAGCAACAGAUGGUGGCAGCCCACCAGUAUGGCUUUGCCCCCGAUGGGGACGCCAGACUGGGCGGUCAUGGCCCCACCGAUGGUGCUGGCCUUGUGCAGGCCCAGCCCCGGCUUCCAGUCACCCCCUCCCGAGGACCCAGCAGCAGAGUGGCAGUGCAGAGGGGCAUUGGCCAUGGAGCGGAUGCCCCUGAUGCCCAGCAGCCCUGCCCUGGCAGAGCCUUCCAGCCCAGGUUCCCAGAUGAGAAGCUGGUGAACGGGGCAGGCAUGGAGCCCAGUGCAGGCCCUGUCCCUGGCUCCCCCACCCUGGACAUCGACCAGUCCAUCGAGCAGCUCAACAGGCUGAUUCUGGAGCUGGACCCCACCUUCGAGCCCAUCCCCACCCACAUGAACUCUCUGGGGGGCCCAGCCAACGGCUCCAUGGGUUCUGACAGUGCUGGAGGUGGGCUUCGGGUCGGCAGCAGGCACAGCACAAGAGGUGGGCUUCGAACCAGCAGCAGACUGCCCAACCCCCUGGACAGCCCCAACAGGAGCCCAGCCAGGCAUACAGGCUCCUCUGGCGACGAGCCCCUGGGCGGAGGAGCCCGGAAGAUGAGUCUGGGACAGUACGACAAUGAGGCCGGGGGCCAGCUGUCCUUCCCCAAGUGUGUCUGGGCGAAGGCUGGAGUGGAUUCAGCCCCCAGCACUGCGCCUUUUUCCUGUCCUGGGGACGUCAAAGAGGCAGUGAUCCCUGCGUACCCCCCAGACCUGGCUGUGAUGGAUGGUAGGAUGCUAAACAGCAAGGAGCCUGUGUGUUCCACCCCAGCAUUUCCUGUGUCUCCAGAGACACCAUACGUGAAGACGCCGCCCUACUACCCUGGCUUCAGCCCGCCCGAGGCCCCGGUGAGCAGCCCAGCCAGUGUCCGCAGAGCUGCACGCGAUUCACGCAGCUGCUCUGAGGUUCCCAGCCACACUGUGGGGAUGUCGGAGAGUCCCCUGGGCCCCCAGGCAGCGAUGCUGCCAGCUGAGGUGACCGCUAGGCCCACCUUCCCGCAGGCCUUGGCGUCUUCCUGCACGGUCUCCAGCAAUGGCCCUGGCCAGCGCCGAGAGAGCCUGCCCUCCACAGACCGCCAGUGGCUGGAAAGCAGCCCCAAAUCCACACUGGCCUUGCGGGGCGGCAGCCGGCCCUCUGGAAGUCCUCAUGGUGCCUGCGAAUUCUCAGGCCCUGGCAAGGAUGCCUCGGGGACGCCCUGCUUCCCAGGCCCAGACCUGCAGGCCAAUUUCCACGGCCACGAGCUGUCACUGACCGAGCCACCAGGCACGCUCUCUGCCCCAGGCACCAGCCAGGCCUUCCUGACCUUCAGCCCCGCAGCCCCAGUGGCAAGUGGCCUUGCGCCCAGUGAGGACCCGGGCUCCUUGCUGCCCAGUGCCCACACGGCACCCCCAGGCCCCGGUGGAGCCCUGACUGAACCAGCGGCUGCCACCCACAGCUUCCUGUCCCACAACUUCCUCGCCAUGGUGCCUGGACACAGCGGCCGUCACAGCCCCGGCCUGCAGGCUCAUGGGCCCACCCUGCCCGGGCAGCCGCCCCUGCCAGAGAAGAAGCGGGCCUCGGAGGGAGACCGGUCCCUGGGCUCUGUGUCACCCUCGUCGAGUGGCUUCUCCAGCCCACACAGCGGCAGCACCAUCAGCAUCCCCUUCCCCAGCGUCCUGCCUGACUUCUCACGGCCACCAGAGAAGGUGUCGCCCCUGCCGGAUAGUCCAAGUGACAAGCUUGUCAUUGUCAAAUUUGUUCAGGACACUUCCAAGUUCUGGUACAAGCCGGAUAUUUCCAGAGACCAAGCCAUCGCCAUGUUGAAAGACAAAGAGCCCGGGUCCUUCAUCGUGAGGGACAGUCACUCCUUCCGGGGUGCCUACGGCCUGGCCAUGAAGGUUGCCACCCCACCUCCUUCCGUCCUGCAGCUGAACAAGAAAGGGGAUUUGUCUAAUGAACUGGUGCGGCACUUUCUUAUCGAGUGCACCCCGAAGGGCGUGCGGUUGAAAGGGUGCUCCAACGAACCCUACUUCGGGAGUCUGACUGCACUGGUGUGCCAGCACUCCAUCACGCCGCUGGCCCUGCCCUGCAAGCUGCUCAUUCCGGAGAGAGAUCCCCUGGAGGAAGUAGCGGACAGCACCCCCCAGACGGCGGCCAACUCUGCAGCUGAGCUGCUGAAGCAGGGCGCAGCCUGCAACGUGUGGUACUUGAACUCCGUGGAGAUGGAGUCCCUGACCGGCCACCAGGCAGUACAGAAGGCGCUGAGCGUGACGCUGGUGCAGGAGCCGCCGCCCGAGUCCACCGUGGUGCACUUCAAGGUUUCAGCACAGGGGAUUACCCUGACGGACAAUCAGAGGAAGCUCUUCUUCCGGCGACACUACCCUGUGAGCAGCGUGAUUUUCUGCGCUUUGGACCCUCAGGACAGGAAGUGGACCAAAGACGGCCCCUCCUGCAGAGUCUUCGGGUUCGUGGCCCGGAAGCAGGGCAGUGCCACGGACAACGUGUGCCACCUAUUCGCGGAGCACGACCCCGAGCAGCCCGCCAGUGCCAUCGUCAACUUCGUGUCCAAGGUCAUGAUCGGCUCUCCCCGGAAGAUCUGAGCCGAGGCGAGCACAGCGUGGAGGAGGGAGGAGGGUGGCACCAGGGACAUCGUGGCCCUGCAGCCCAGCGGGCAUGCGCAGCGCACAGGCUGUGCCUGCCCCAACACCCGGCAAGGAGGGCACCAAGGAAGAAGCCCUCGCCUUAUAUCGGCAGAAGCAAUGCUAUCCAGCAACCCCUGGGCCACUCCUUCGCUUCAGUCUGUGCUCACCGCUGAGGAACAGAAAGGAGGAUCUAACUGAUGAAGGUCUGUGUGGGUCAGGCCCUUCUGGAACACAAGAAGGACACAAACGACUGGACUGUGUGGGCUGUGGGCAGUAAGAACCGGGGCAGUAGCAGCCUUCUUGCAUCCUGGAGGAGUGUGAGAUGGCAGAGUUGCCCCCGCACAUGCCUUGGCUCCACGGUGCCAUUCCCGUUCUGUGAGCUGAGCUGGGGAGCACCAGGAGGACCCUGAGAGAAGAAAUGAGAUGGAAGCAAAAAAAAAAAAAAAAAAUACGCCAUUUCUAUGUAAUUUAUAUUUUACAUAUGCCAAAUUAUUUAUAACACUGCCACUGUUGUGGCGCACCAGUGACCAGUGCUGCAGGGGCUGAGCGCUGGUCUGUGCAGUGCGCAGGCUCUGAGCCCUGGACCCUGGGGACCCCUUCUCGAGGCAACCCCAGAGGGACCCAGAGCAGAGCUGGGCCUCCAAGGUGCCCAGGCGGAGACAUGCCCCAUCCCCCUACCGCAAGCAGCGCAGGGACUAAGCAGUGGGCGGGUCGCGGCCAGCGAGCAGGAUGGGCUCUGCCUAACCCCUCCACCCCCAUGCAAGUGCCUCGAUUCAGUGCCAAAGUCAGCCUUUGUCUCCCGCCCUCGGGAAGUCAGAGAAGUGGACCCGCGCCUGCUCCCGUGCGUCCCUUGGUGGCGCUGUGGCCGGGGAAGCCCGGCGCCACCUCCUGCCUGCUAUGCAAAGGCCUUUGUAUCAUCACUCAUCACUAGCUCUGCUCUGCGAUGUCACCUCUGCCCAGAGUAAAUAAAGAUGCUGAGCUUUGCAAGC